AUGGCCGAAGCAGCAGCCAUUCCUCCUCCGUCCGCGGACUGGAAAGGAGACAGCGAUGCAAAUCCUCACUUCAAAUCACUAGGAAAACUCUCCGCUCCGAUCAACCGAAAGAUUGAGCCUUACGGUGCCCAAUUUCUUGCCUAUGCCCGUCGCAAACGUCAUGGUCGCACUUUCUCUGAGGACGACCGCAUUCAGGCUCUAUCCAAGGUCAAGAAGUCAGAGGACGAUGACGAUGGUGAGAUCAGUGAGCCUGAAGAUCCCUUAAUGCUGGCACGAGAUGCCAAAGACUGGAAGGGACAAGAUCAUUACGCCGUGCUCGGUCUAUCCAAAUAUCGGUUCAAGGCUACGGACGAACAAAUCAAGAAGGCUCACCGCAAGAAGGUCUUGAAACACCAUCCUGACAAGAAAGCUGCCGCAGGCCAGGAUGACGAGAAUGACUCUUUCUUCAAGUGUAUCCAGCGUGCCCACGAAAUCCUUACAGACCCCGUCAAGCGACGCCAAUUCGACUCGGUCGAUGAAGAGGCAGAUGUUGCACCACCCACCAAGAAAGAGAUGCAAAAAGCAGGAGCAUUCUACAAGAAAUGGAACGCUGUUUUCCAGAGCGAGGGCCGAUUCAGCAAGAAAAAUCCCGUACCCGUUCUAGGUGAUGAGAACAGCACAAAGGAGGAGGUCGAGGAGUUCUAUGAUUUCUGGUACAACUUCGACUCGUGGCGCACAUUUGAGUAUCUCGACGAGGAUGUGCCCGACGACAAUGAAGGACGAGACCACAAACGCCACAUUGAAAAGAAGAAUGCCAAUGCUCGCCGCAAGCGCAAGACCGAAGAUAUCGCUCGUCUACGCAAAUUGGUCGACGACUGCCUCGGCUUUGACGAGCGCAUCAAGAAAUUCCGUCAAGCGGCCAACGCCAACAAGAACAAGAAAAGGCUGGAGAAGGAGGCUACCGCCAAGCGCGAGGCCGAGGAAAAGGCCAAGGCUGCUGAAGAGGCAGAGCGCAAGAAGAAAGAGGACGAGGAGCGCUCCAAGGCCGAGAAAGAACAAGGCAAGAAGGCCAAGGAGGCAGCCAAAAAUGCUGUCAAGAAGAACAAGCGGGUCGUCAAAGGCAGCGUCAAAGAUGUCAACUACUUUGCAGAGGGCGGCGAGGCUAGUCCUAAGCAAAUCGACGAAGUUUUGGACGAUGUUGACAGAAUUUUGGGUAACAUUGACGCGGACGAGUUGGCAGAUCUGGUGUCCAAACUGAAUGUUGCAGGAAAGGAUGCCGCCAAGGUCAAGGCAACAUUCAGUGCCACUACUGGUGCUUUGGUUGGUGCUGGCAAGUUGAAAGCGGCAGAUUUGAAGGUCUUCAAAUGA